GGGGCGGGGCGGGGCGCGCGAGGAGGCCGGGGCGGAGGCCGCGCGGACCGGGGCGGGCGGCGGCGGCUGCGGCUCUCGGGGCGGGGCGCGGCGGUUCCGGCCCAGCCAUGGCGGACGAGGCCCCGCGGAAGGGCAGCUUCUCGGCGCUCGUGGGCCGCACCAACGGCCUCACCAAGCCCGCAGCCCUGGCCGCAGCGCCCGCCAAGCCGGGGGGCGCGGGCGGCUCCAAGAAGCUGGUCAUCAAGAACUUCCGAGACAGACCCCGGCUGCCCGACAACUACACGCAGGACACGUGGCGGAAGCUGCACGAGGCGGUGCGGGCCGUGCAGAGCAGCACCUCCAUCAGGUACAACCUCGAGGAGCUCUACCAGGCUGUGGAAAAUCUUUGUUCACAUAAAGUCUCCCCCAUGCUCUACAAGCAGCUGCGUCAGGCCUGUGAAGACCACGUCCAGGCACAGAUCCUUCCGUUUAGAGAAGACUCACUAGAUAGUGUUGUAUUUUUAAAGAAGAUUAACACGUGUUGGCAGGACCACUGCAGACAAAUGAUCAUGAUCAGAAGCAUCUUCCUGUUCUUGGACCGCACCUACGUGCUUCAGAACUCCACACUGCCUUCCAUCUGGGAUAUGGGAUUAGAACUAUUCAGAACCCACAUUAUUAGUGAUAAAAUGGUUCAGAGUAAAACCAUCGAUGGAAUCCUGCUGCUGAUCGAGCGCGAGAGGAGCGGCGAGGCCGUGGACCGGAGCCUGCUGCGGAGCCUGCUGGGCAUGCUGUCCGACCUGCAGGUGUAUAAAGACUCAUUUGAACUGAAAUUUUUGGAAGAAACUAAUUGCUUAUAUGCUGCAGAAGGCCAAAGGUUGAUGCAGGAAAGAGAGGUUCCAGAAUAUCUUAACCAUGUAAGUAAACGCUUAGAGGAAGAAGGAGACCGAGUAAUCACUUACUUGGACCACAGCACACAGAAACCACUGAUUGCUUGUGUGGAGAAACAGCUAUUAGGAGAACAUUUAACAGCAAUUCUGCAGAAAGGGCUUGAUCACUUACUGGAUGAGAACAGAGUGCCGGACCUCGCACAGAUGUACCAGCUGUUCAGCCGGGUGAGGGGCGGGCAGCAGGCGCUGCUGCAGCACUGGAGCGAGUACAUCAAGACUUUCGGGACAGCGAUUGUCAUCAAUCCUGAGAAAGAUAAAGACAUGGUCCAAGACCUGCUGGACUUCAAGGACAAGGUAGACCAUGUGAUAGAGGUCUGCUUCCAGAAGAACGAGCGGUUUGUCAACCUUAUGAAGGAGUCGUUUGAGACGUUCAUCAACAAGAGACCCAACAAGCCUGCAGAACUGAUUGCAAAGCAUGUGGAUUCAAAGUUAAGAGCAGGCAACAAAGAAGCCACAGACGAGGAGCUGGAGCGGACAUUGGACAAGAUCAUGAUCCUGUUCAGGUUCAUCCACGGUAAAGAUGUCUUUGAAGCAUUUUAUAAAAAAGAUUUGGCAAAAAGACUUCUUGUUGGGAAAAGUGCCUCAGUCGAUGCUGAAAAGUCUAUGCUGUCAAAGCUCAAGCAUGAGUGUGGUGCAGCCUUCACGAGCAAGCUAGAAGGCAUGUUCAAGGACAUGGAGCUUUCAAAGGACAUCAUGGUUCAUUUCAAGCAGCAUAUGCAGAAUCAGAGUGACUCAGGCCCUAUAGACCUCACAGUGAACAUACUCACAAUGGGCUAUUGGCCGACAUACACGCCCAUGGAAGUGCACUUAACCCCGGAAAUGAUUAAACUUCAGGAAGUAUUUAAGGCAUUUUAUCUUGGAAAGCACAGUGGUCGAAAACUUCAGUGGCAAACUACUUUGGGGCAUGCUGUUUUAAAAGCAGAGUUUAAAGAAGGGAAGAAGGAAUUCCAGGUAUCCCUCUUCCAGACACUGGUGCUCCUCAUGUUCAACGAGGGAGAUGGCUUCAGCUUUGAGGAGAUAAAAAUGGCCACGGGGAUAGAGGAUAGUGAAUUGCGAAGAACGCUGCAGUCCCUGGCCUGUGGCAAAGCGCGUGUGCUGAUUAAAAGUCCCAAAGGAAAGGAGGUAGAAGACGGAGACAAGUUCAUUUUUAAUGGAGAAUUCAAGCACAAGUUGUUUAGAAUAAAGAUCAAUCAAAUUCAGAUGAAGGAAACUGUUGAGGAACAAGUUAGCACCACUGAGAGAGUGUUUCAGGAUAGACAAUAUCAGAUUGAUGCUGCUAUCGUCAGAAUAAUGAAGAUGAGAAAGACCCUUGGUCAUAAUCUUCUAGUUUCUGAAUUAUAUAAUCAGCUGAAAUUUCCAGUCAAGCCUGGAGAUUUGAAAAAGAGAAUUGAAUCUCUGAUAGACAGAGACUAUAUGGAGAGAGACAGAGACAAUCCGAAUCAGUACCACUACGUGGCCUGAUGCAUCUGCAGACAGUUCCCCUUCAUGAAACACUAGAAUGUACCCUCAGAGCAGGGAAGCACACCUGUGCCAUUUCCAGGACUCUGUGAUUGAUCCAGCUGUGGACAUUAAAAGAAAGAAGGGAGGUGACUCCUCCUGGGUCAUCCUCCGCAAGACUCAAGACUUCAACUGGCAGAUGUGUCUUUUUUCCCUCUGGUUUUUCCUCUAGUUCUUUUAGGCAUUUAAAUUGUUUCUGUUACUCUGCAAAAUAACUUUGAGAUUGGACACGAAGACAUUGCUAAAAAGAAGUUCCUUUAAAAGGUCUUGUUCUUGUGUCAAAAAGCUGAAAGUUUGGUUUGUUCUUGUUUGUGAUCAUGAAUGCACAAUGAAGAAGACCCUAGAUGCUGCAUUUUUUAGCUCUAAAGAUUCCGUAGGUACCCCUGAAGACAAGCUCGCUCAGAUGAUUGGCAUUUAGAGUGAAAACAAGGAUACUUCGUGGGUGAACAUUAGAAAGAGCCAGGGUUCGAAGCUGGCAAAAUGGAUGGUGCAUCCUAGCCACUGGCCUCUCUGUGUCAUGUAUUUCCAAAAGUUUUAAACUUUGAUGGCUGGUUUUUUGUAAGUCAGGUUUCUAAGUGAGCUCCCUGAGGUGCCAAGGCCGUGGUGUCCGCCCUGCCGCAUCUGUUCGUUUCAGCUGAGUUGCUUGUGAAUCUCUGUUUAAGGGUUUGGGGCUCAUGUGUUUCCAUGCUAAGAUUGAGUCUGGCAGUCCCUGUUUUUUUUUGCAUUGGGGUAACUGCUCUUUGAUUUUUUUAAAUUGCAGUAUUUGUAUGAUUGCAAUCAUUAAAAGUUUGGUUUGGUUUUACAGUCAUGUGCAGGGACAACCCUUGUUCUCUGCUGUAAACUGUAAAAAGUUUAUGGAGACUUAAAGUCUUGAUGUUGUGAAGCAGAGGGUAUUUUGUUGAAAGAUUAAAAGGAUUUUGUUGGUACCUGGUUUUGUGUUGUGUAUAUAUACAUGAGGUUGAACAGUGAAAUGAAAGUUCAGUAGUGAUGUUAGAAUGGUAACUAUGACAAAGAUACUUUUGAGAUAACAUUUAAAAGUACUUUAUAUUUUACAUAAUAGCAUGUUUCAUUUUGAUUAAAAGCUACCAAAGGAAUUUUGAUCAUGGCAUAAAUGUUUAAAGCAAUAUUUUCUGGAAUAUACCAAGUUUAUAUAAUUUGAUUUUGUGCUAAAUUAUUAAAAGAUUCCCUUUUUGAAACGUGGGUUCGAAAUAUGACACCUUGUGCAUUUCCAUAUUAAAAUCCUCACUCUUUGUCAUUUCUAUCUUUGAGGAUUUUCAUUUAUUCUAUGAUACGUGGUCUAAGAAAGACCAGAUUUCUAUUUUUAUUUCUUAUAUUUUAAGUUCAUUGUGCCUAGCGAUUAAUAUUGUAAUUUAAUGUAGACUUACUUUUAAUAAAAUUAGUUUAAUUGGCCUUAAAAUUACAUUAAUAAAAUUUUGUGAUAUGCAAACAA